AUGGCUGAGACGGGGAGUGAGCCUGAAGCGACCUUUGAGCUUGAGCUGCUGCUGCCUCCGCGGCCGCUCCUGCCGAAGAAUGUCGUCUCGCUGGGCCUACCUGAAACGCCUUCGCCUCUCAAAGUCGCCGUCACACCGCAGGAAACCCUAAACGAUCUGCGGACAACGCUGAACGAUAGCCCUGAAGGCUACUGGCUCGGGGCGUUCAGUUUCCGACGUCCUUCCUCGCAUUCUCAGAGUGGCGAGGUUGUGAACGAGUGGCUUGAGCUGCGUGAAGUGUUUGAAGGUGUGCCGCCUACGCAACGCGUUCUACAGGUUUCGCAUGAGCCGUUCAACAGCGCCGAAGUGCGCCUGCACAUCCAGCGCCUGCGUGACCUACUCAGCGGUACGAGCACCGAUCCUACCGCGCUCAGCAUCGAUGCUGGCGUGUCUGUCCACGAUGCCGUUUGUCAUGCAGAGGAAUGGGCCGAGGAAACUCGCACCACGCCGCCUACCAAACCUACGUGGUCAGGAUGGCCGGCAGAUACGACCUCGCAGCUCUUGCCUGCUUCGAUGCACAGGCACCGUGUGCUUCCCAAGUGCGUGCGUGGCAUGUCGCUGAGCGCAUGGAACCCGCCACCGAAGCCCAUGGCCCUGCAAGGCCACCUACUCUACCUGCAAAUCGAUACGCUGGAAGGUGAGAUCCUGCAUGUGACAGCGUGUGAGAAUGGGUUCUUUAUCAAUGGCUCGUCCUCGCAACGCUUCCAGCCGCAGCCUCAUCCGACUAAGAAGAUCGAGUCGGCGUCCCUCUUUGAUUUGCUGUGCGCCGCCUCACCGCUCUUCCUCCAAAACUUUGCGCGUCUUUUCAACGACCCCGUAUCGACGCGUGACUACUUUUCGGCGCUCCCGGUCAUGAACUCGCUUCCUGCUGUGCCAUGGCUGGCGCGGGUGCCGAAGCACGAUACCGACCCUAUGCGCCUGCAAUCGGCGUUCCUUUUGACGGGGGCUCUCACGGCCGACAGCAUCGAUGCAAGCCGCGACUGGAACGAAGAGUUGCAGUCGUCGCGUGAACUGCCCCGCUCGACACUUGCCGAGCGCCUGCUGCGCGACCGUGUGCUAAACCGCUUGCAGGCCGAGUUUGCGCUUGCAGCGGCGCGGGCCGUACCGCGUGUCGCUGCAGGCGAAGUCGCACCGAUGAACCCUGCCGAUGCGCCGCAAGCCCACAUGUACCUCUUCAACAAUUUGUUUGUUACGCGUGGUAUUGACAGUGUCGACAUGUACGAGUUCCUUGGCGGCGAUGCCGCAGCGCAUGCGGCUGUGGGCAAGGACGCACAGGGUGUGCGUAUCUUUAGUGCACUGGAUACCGAAGGUCUGCAUGCGCUUGGCACGGUGGUGGUCGACUGGCUGGGUGAGCGCUGGGUCGUCCAGACGGUGCUUCCUGGCCUCUUCCGCCAGGUUGCUGCAGAGGCUGAGGCAGCCGCGGCGGCCGCCGAGCAGGGCACGCCAGAAGCAGAGGCUCAUGCGGAUGCUGCGGCAUCGUCGACGCAUGUCGCCUACGGUGGUGUGGAAGGCCCGGAUACGAUCCACGUGGACCCGACGUUCCAUGAGCGCCUGCAAAGCGUUGCAAAGCGUUUGCACCUGGCUGAACACGCAGUGUCUGAUGCCCAAGGCACUUCGCACCAACUGGCCCUGAGUGUCGAUUGCAAGGGUCUGCGGGGCACGGAUGGCCGUAUGUACGUGCUGGACCUCUCGCGCCUGGCCCCUGUGGAUGUCGCGUGGCUUGAGCAGGAUAUGAAAGCACCGGUCCUCGAGGGCAAGGAAGCUGCGUCGUACCCUCAUCACAUGGCACUCCUUCGGCCGGAACUGAUCGAGGCGUAUUGGGACUCGCGUCUGCGUGAGUUUGCGCGCGCGAAGCUGGCACACCAGCGUGAAGAAGGUGGCGAGACCCCGGCGCGCAUCGACGUGGCGGACUUUGACUUGUCGUUCAACCCGGAUGCGUUCGUGGAGUACAAGAGCGGCUCGUCCAAGGUCGUGACACCUGUAUGUGACGAGUCGGAGGCGGCUGUGGCUGCUGUGCGUGCUGCCUCGACGUACCUGCGUGAGGAGGUGCUUGUGCGCCUCGUGAGCGAGGUGGCCGCGGGCCUUGCGUCGGCUGUGGAUAGCGUAGCGCUUACGCAGCAAAUGCAUGCGCGCGGUAUUAACAUGCGCUACCUCGGUCACUUGGCCCACCUGAGCCAGUCGUCGGAGAGGCACCGUCUUGACGAGACUGUGGUCUCGAAACUCGGCUCAGGUCAUGAAGCUCUGCUUACUGCCUUCCGUCGCGUGGUGAUCCAGGAGAUGAUUGUACGUGCAGCCAAGCACCGGCUGCGCAGCUAUCUUCGCGGCUUGCCCAUGUCGGCGGUGUCUGCAUGCGUUGCGCACUUUUUCAACUGUCUGUUUGGCACAGCGAAGAAUGCGUCGCCGGAGCCCGUAGUGCCUUCGCCAGCGCUCGGCCGUGCGUCGGCAUCGUACGACUGGCUUUCGCUCACGCCUGCGCAGCUUCAGCAGGAUCUGCAGGCAGACGUGCGCGAUCGUUUCCGCUUUGAGUUGCCGGCGGAUUCCUUGACCACCGAGCUGCGAAAGCCCCAGGCUCUUCGUGCGCUCUGCUGGAAGAUGGGCGUGCAGCUUGAGCUUCGUGACUACGAGUUUGAGCCUACGCCGGAGCCUACGCCUGCGCCCGCUUCGUCUUCAAGCCAUGCGCCCGCGUCGAAGGGCAAGAAGGGCAAGAAGUCUGCCGCCCCUGUCGAGCCGCCACGUGCUACGACGUUUGUGCCAUCUGAUGUGCUGUGCCUUGCGCCUGUGGUCAAGACCGCGACGCCGAAGAGCUCGCUGGUCGAAGAAGCCUUUGAGGCUGGUCGUCUCUCGUUCUCGCGUGGCGAUCGUGAGCUGGGUACGGAGCUCUUGUUGGAAGGCAUCGGCUUCCACGAGCAAGUCUAUGGCUUGGUACACCCUGAGACGGCCAAGUGUUACUCGCUCUUUGCCUCGUUGGUGCAUCACUACGUCGUGGAGUUUGCACGGGAGACGGCCGAAAAGGCGGCCAAGGCCAAGGCCAAGGCCGAGCAGGCGGAGAAGGCCGAGCAGGGUGAGCAGGCGGAGUCUGCCGAGGCGACCGAGUCGAACGACGAAGAGAAGGAAGCGCCGCUCCCACCCAUUGUUGCCGAGACGUUCACGAUCGACAAUGCCUUGCGCUUCCAGCGCCAGGCUGUGACUGUCUCGGAGCGGACGCAGGGCUUGGAUCACCCGGAUACAAUGGUGCAGUACAUCAACUUGGCCGUGCUGGAACGCUCUGCUGGUCAUUUUGACGUGGCGCUGCGCUAUCAGGAGCGCAUCAUGCAGCUGUGGCAGCUGCUGUACGGCCGCGAUCACCCUGAUGUCGUGCAUACGCUCUCGUCCAUUGCCUUACUCCUGCAGAGCCGCCACGACUUUGACACGUCGCUGAAGGCGUACCAAGCAUCGUACGAUCUGGCCUUGCAGCUGUUUGGCUCCGACUCGAUUUACACCGGCAACAUGGCACACGAACUGAGCCAGGCGCACACGCUCAGUGGCGACUUGAAGUCGGCGAUUCACGUCGAGAAGGACGCGGCGCGCGUGUUCAAGGCGUGCCUGGGCGACGAGGACCCGCUGACCAAGGAGAGUGAAGCGUUCCUCUCCGGCCUCGCUGCCAGUGCUGUGCGUAUGGCCAAGGUCGAGGAAGCGGCUCGGCAUCAGCAUGUGCGUGAGCUGGUGGCUGCUUCGCAGGCCCCGCGCACACAGACUACCACGGCGGCCUCACGCACCGUGCAUGCCAACCCGGCGCUGGCCGAUCGCUCGUUGGAUGACUUGGUCCAGUACAUUCAAGGCGCACCAGGUACUGGUACGAGUCGCGCGGCGCGCAAGCGUGCUGCGCGCCACCGCCGCACGUAA